AUGUCGUUAUGUCGUCCUCCUAGCACAAUUUAUAGCAGUUUUUCGUCGACUCGCGAAAUGGUGGACUGCAUUACCAUAUGCAACAGCGCCUGCAUAGCAUGUAUCUGGUGCAUUCUCUUUUCGGUAUGUUUUCCAAGAUUCUCGAAAAAUAUUAGGAAAGUGGAUUCGAGCGAGUGUUGCAUACGGAGAAAGUCGAUUGUGAAACACCGGAAAGCACAUUCGCGUGAUUUUCCGAAAUGCGUGAAAACUGAUUCAGUUCAUGUACGACGAUUUAGAAAUUUUUCAUGCUUCGAAGGCAAUGACGAAGAUCGACGAGAACAUCGUUCGUGUCCCAGAAAAAAAGUAUGCGAUCGACCAUUGGGAGAACAUAGAAACGCAUGUCGAUGCUUAAAAAAGGAUAGGAAAACUUCGCCAAUAUGUAACAAACCGGUCAAAUGUUCGAAUAAUUGCAAUAAGUCAGACAGUUUUUUGAACAGCACAAAGAGCAACGAAAUUUUGGAACCAAAUAAAAGCGAAAUUAUCUAUAAAAGAUCUUGA